GCAGUUCUCAUUUUUCUCUAGCCAAAUAUCUCAGACAUGUCUAAACUUGACAAAUCCAUCGUCUUUAGCAUUUGCAAAACAGUGCUAAUUUGUGGUUUAGUCCUAUACUGUUGCACCAUUUUCCUUUUCAAUGACUCUGAGCAUCAGUUUCCAGCUUCCGAUCUUUUUUCUUCUUUACAAUUCACAAGCUCUCCUUCUUCUCCUUCUCCUCCUCCUCCUCCUUCUUCUCAAACAAGUACAUCAUCAAUUAUUUCACCAACCAAUAUUAGUCACCUUGUUUUUGGACUUUUAGGUAAUGAAAAAGCAUGGCACAAUAGAAAAGCCUAUGUUGAAUCAUGGUGGAGACCAAAUAUUACAAAAGGACAUCUUUUUCUAGAUGUUCCUCCUAAAGGUGAUGAUCUUCUCCCAUGGUCCUUAAAUUCACCUCCUUAUAGAAUAUCCGAUGAUGUCUCAAAACUUCUUAAGGAAACCAAUCAUGUUGAUGCAAGAGUUAUGAGAAUGGUUCAUGGGAUUAUGGAAGUUGUUAGGGAGGCACAUGAAGGAGUAAGAUGGGUAAUUAUGGGGGAUGAUGAUUCGAUAUUUUUCGUGGAAAAUAUGGUUGAUAUUCUUGCACAAUAUGAUCAUAACAAGUACUAUUAUUUUGGAGGACAUUCGGAAUUUAUAUUGUCGAAUUAUUGGUACUCAUUUAAUCAAGCUUUUGGUGGUGCUGGAAUUAUGUUGAGUUAUCCUUUGGCUAAAACAUUUGCAAAUACUGUAAUGUCUUGCUUAAAGCGAUAUGCUCAUUUGCAAUCUUCUGAUAGAACUACAAUGCUUUGUGUAGCUGACCUUGGAGUCAAUCUUUCUCCUCUUCAGGGUAUUCAUCAGAUUGAUCUUCGUGGUGACAUAUCUGGCUUUCUAUCAUAUCAUCCAAAGUCUCUAUUAGCGUCCCUUCACCAUUAUGAUAUGGUUGACCCAAUAUUUCCCUCUAUGGAUCGUGCACAAGCAGGUUUCCACAUCCAAAAAGCUGCAAAAUAUGAUCAAUCACGCAUGUUACAACAAACCAUAUGCCACCACAGGUCUAAAAAUUGGACAUUUUCAGUUUCUUGGGGUUACUCAGCUCAUAUUUAUGAGAAAAUUAUGCCCAGGAGUUGGUUACAAAAUCCAAUAGAAACAUUUAAAACAUGGCAAAGAAGUCGUAGGCCACCACAUUACAUGUUUGAUGUUAGAAGUCCUUCUUGGCAUCCAUGUGAAGCCCCUCAUGUAUUUUUCUUCAAGUCCGUUGAGAAAAAUCGAAGAGGUGAAAUUGUUACAACGUAUACGAGGGCAUGGCCUAGACGGAUAGGAGCUUGUUUGGAAGCUGGAAAUUAUUCUGCAGAGUAUAUAUCUGAAAUUCAAGUUUACUCAUCAGCAACAAAACGCAUUGAGAUUGAUAGAUGUGAAUGUUGUGACAUAAUCCAUGAGGCAGGAUCAAACAAGGCUGAUAUCAAAUAUAGAGAGUGUAAGAUAGAUGAGAUAAUAGCUUGAUUGAUAAAUCGAGUUGCUGUAUAAGCAUUUGUAUCAAUAUAAUCUUAUUUUCUAGCUUAUUUAUUUUUCUCAAAUGAUAAUUGUUGUAUGUAUUUAUUCAACACUUUGAAAGAGUCAUGUGAAGUUUCUAACACCUUUCUCCAAAUGCAAAACUGCUUAUUUAUCAA